AUGUUCAUCUCUCGGCGGACUAAUCCAGGAACACGAGCCAUUUCUUUGGCAGCCUGGAACCUCCGUGGAAUAAACUCCGUAUAUGUGGACCAGUCCGCCGGGAAGGGGAUGUCGUUGGGACCUUCCACGGUUUCCAACGAGGAAGACGUUGCGCACCAGUUCAUUGAUUUCUGGAAACGAUUUGUGGAUACGUUUGAUCUGCACGGCGGGAAGGGUGCCCUGAUGUAUAAUCCGUUGACCAAUACAUUUGACCUCAAGAUGCAGGGAUGUGACUUAUGGGGUGAUAUCGUGGAAGCUGCCACAUAUGUGAAUCCGUGCUUUAACAUAUGCCACCUCACGGACUACUGUCCCAUUCUCUGGAAUAUCAUGGGCUUCCUGUCCUCCGACGCAGGUCCCAGUAAUUACUUUAACCGCAGCGACGUUCAGAAAGCCAUCAACAUCCAGCCCACUAGCUACAUUGUCUGCACGCCGGAUGAAAUCUUCCAAGGCAAAGACCACCGCGAUCAGUCCAAACCCAGCAGCAUGGGACACCCUACCGAGCGUCAUCCACCGUACCAAACACCAUUAUCGGACACGGAAUCACAGGGGUUCCAAAAACUGCCGACGGAGCCGCUAUUCGCACCCUAUCAUCCCAAAUAUGCAGAAUUCGUUGGUGAGAACAGCUCCGAUCCUCCCCCUUCGACCCACAUUGCCGGAUCCGGGUUCCUGGGCCUCGUGCACACUAAGCGUCCCCCUCAGCACGGUGGAUAUGGCAGGACACCGUAA